ACUCCUCAGCUGCUAUCUCAAGUUCAAACAGCAUACGACCUCUCCCAGCUUAAUUAGUGCAUGAUUUCUGCAGAUCUCGUCACUGUCCUAGCUUCACCUCACCAUCUUACUACCACAACCAUGAUCUUCGCCGGCCACGAAGUCGCCGAUGACCGGAACGCCUCAGAAAGGACGCACUUCGUCCUUGUUCCGAUGAUGGCGCAGGGCCACACCAUCCCCAUGACUGACAUGGCACGCCUGCUGGCCGAGCAUGGUGCACAGGUCAGCUUCAUCACCACACCAAUGAACGCCUCCAGGAUGGCAGGGUUCAUCAACCACGCGGUGACGACGGGCCUCGCGAUCCAGUUCGUCGAGCUCCACUUCCCGGCCAUUGAGUUUGGCUUGCCUGACGGAUGCGAGAACGCCGACAUGAUCGAAUCCAGAGAUUUGUUCAAGAACUUCCUAGAGGCCUGCGCAGCACUUCGGGAGCCACUGGCAGCAUACCUCCGUGAGCAUAGCCCACCUCCAAGCUGCAUCAUAUCCGACAUGAUGCACUGGUGGACCGCUGACAUCGCAAGGGAGCUUGGUAUCCCAAGGCUCACGUUUAGUGGCUUCUGUGGCUUCUCGUCCCUUGUCAGGUACAUCGUUAUCCGUGACAACUUACUGGAAAGCGUUGCAGAUGAGAAUGAGUUCGUUACAUUCCAAGGGUUCCCUACGCCGCUCGAGCUGACAAAGGCAAGAUGCCCUGGAAGGAUUUCUGUUAAUGGUCUGGAGCAAAUCCGGAAGAACAUAUAUGAGGAGGAAAUGAGAUGUAGUGGCGUGGUCCUGAACAGCUUUCAAGAGCUGGAGGCUUUGUACAUCCAGUCCUUCGAGCAGAUUACAGGGAAGAAGGUCUGGACGGUGGGGCCAAUGUGUCUGUGCAACAAAGACAACAACACAAUGGCUGCAAGAGGAAACAAGGCCUCGAUGGAUGAGGCACAGUGCAUGCAAUGGCUUGAUUCGAUGGAGCCAGGCUCGGUGAUCUUGGUCAGCUUUGGCAGCCUCGCCAGCACUGCACCUCAGCAACUUGUUGAGCUGGGACUGGGACUGGAAGCUUCCAAGAAGCCGUUCGUCUGGGUGAUCAAAGCAGGAGAUAAGUUUCCAGAGGUUGAGCAAUGGCUUGCAGAGGGGUUCGAAGAACGAGUGAAGGACAGAGGCAUGAUCAUAAGGGGCUGGGCGCCACAGCUAAUGAUCCUAUGGCACCAAGCCAUCGGAGGUUUCAUGACACACUGUGGGUGGAACUCAACAAUAGAGAGCAUCUGCACGGGCGUGCCCAUGAUCACAUGGCCACACUUUGCAGAGCAGUUUGCGAACGAGAGGUUGGUGGUAGAUGUGCUGAAAACUGGGGUGGAAGUUAAAGUAGAAGGAGUGACACAGUGGGGGCAUGAACAAAAGGAGGUUACAGUGACAAGGGAUGCUGUGGAGACGGCAGUGUCCAAACUGAUGGAUGCUGGGGAAGCUGCGGAUGAGAUGAGGAUAAGAGCAAAAGGCUUCAGCGUUAAGGGGAGGAAGGCUUUGGAACAGGGUGGUUCUUCUUAUAACAAUAUUAAUGUAUUGAUUCAAGAAAUGGGAAACAAGACAAAUGCAUAUGGCUGAUACAGAAGGGACUAUAUUUUUUUUCCUGGAUACAAACAUAGAACGGAAGACCCUACUAAACUUAAAUCUUUGUAAAGGGUUAUAUUUUGGAGCAAUUGUGUUAUUACCCCUACUUUAGAGCGAAAUUAUGAUUU